AUGUCAUCUUCGAUUGAGGAAGUCAAAGCAACAAUCAAGUCAGUUAAACUAGAAGACAGUCAAGCUGAAAAGCUUUUGACUUUGAUUGAUUCUCUCCCUAAGAUUUUAGCAGGUUUAGACAACCCUGAAUAUGACGAGAUUUUUGGGUAUCGAAUUAAUACGAAGGAUAAGCCAUAUGUAAAUGAAUCUAUACGUAAUGAAAUAUUAUUGAAGUUUUUAGCGGCCGAUGAUUAUAAUUUGGAAUUACUGGAAAAACGACUUAUUGAUUCGUUGAAUUGGAGAAAUGAAUUUCAACCUUUGAGUGCUGCAUUCGAAGAAACUUUUGACAAAGAGUUGAAUGAGCUAGGUGUUGUAACAGAUUUUCCAAAAUCAAAUUUAAAAGUCACCACAUGGAAUUUGUAUGGUAAUUUAAAGAACCCAAAAAAGAUUUUCGAAAAAUUCGGGGCUAACAACAAAGUAUCAAAGUUACCAGGAAGUCAAUUUUUAAGAUGGAGAGUAGGACUAAUGGAAAAGUCUUUACAAUUAAUUGACUUUACAUCGACAAAGGAUAACCGAAUUGCUCAAGUUCAUGAUUAUAACAAUGUAUCGUUGUUUAGAAUUGAUCCCGGUAUGAAGAAAGCAACCAAGGAAAUUAUCACCAUCUUUGGAGCAAAUUACCCUGAACUAUUAUCAACCAAGUUUUUUAUUAAUGUGCCCUUGAUUAUGGGUUGGGUAUUUGCUUUUUUCAAAACAAUUAGAGUCAUAACUGAAGCAACAUUGAAAAAGUUUCAAGUGUUGAACCAUGGAGACUUGCUGGAAUCAUUUAACCCAGAUGAAUUGCCUAAAGUUUAUGGUGGCAAAGUUGAAAAGAGUUUGUUUGAUAUUGAUGUGUCAAAUGGUAUAAAAUUGAGUGAAUAUGGGGAAGUGAUAUUAAAGAAAGUUGGUGAUGAAGAAAUUAAUCAUAUUAAUGAUGACGUAGAGUGA